CGCACCCAAAUUUACAUUGUGAUACAAAAUGGGGGAUUUUGUUGGUUGAGGAAAAUAAGAACUAGUUUCUGUUUGUAUAGGGCUCUAAUUCAUUUACAGUUUUAGAGUUGUCACAUAAUCAGAAUUGUGUUGUGUAUAUUUAGAUCAUUCGAAGAUUUCUUUUUUAUCCAGAAAGGAUAUAAACAUGUUCUUGAUCCACGUCGUGAUCGUUCUAAUUGCAACAGGCUCCACUAUGGCCAUCACGGUCCAGUGCCCUCAGAAGAGGUACAUAGUCAUAUUGUUUCAGCCGGUCACCCUGACCUGCAACUUCCAGACCUCCUCCACCCAGCCACCUGUGGUUACCUGGAGGUACAAGUCCUACUGUAGAGACCCCAUCCAGGCUGCACUCAACCCCAGCAGUGCAGAAAACGUGUUAUCACAGAACAACCCGAACUACAAUCCUAACAUUGAGUGCGCAGACAGCUUACGAACGGUGCGCAAUGUGGCUUCCAAACAAGGAAGCUCUGUCACCCUGGGCCAGGAAUAUCAGGGGCGCAAAGUCACCAUCAUAAACAAUGCUGACCUAAGCAUCGCCCAGACGGCAUGGGGAGACAGUGGUGUGUAUCUCUGCUCUGUGGUUUCGGCUCAGGACCUGACUGGGAACAGUGAGGACUACACUGAGCUCAUAGUGUUGGAGAGAAAGUCAAAUACAACUGACCUUCUGCCUGAGAUUGACUUACUGGUUAUGGAAGACUGGCUGCUGGUGGUCCUGGUGGUAUUUGGCUUCCUGCUGCUGUUACUUCUUAUAGGGAUCUGCUGGUGCCAGUGCUGCCCACACACCUGCUGUUGUUACAUCAGCUGCCCUUGCUGCCCUGAGCGCUGCUGCUGCCCCCGGGCACUGUAUGAGGCUGGAAAAGCAGUGAAGUCGGGUGUGCCUAGUCAGUAUGCCCCAACACUCUAUGCCCCCAGCAUGUAUGCCCAGCCUCCAUAUGUAGGGGGUAUGAACCAGCCCGGCAUGCCACUCCUGCCUAUGCCUUCCCACCCCAAUGGUUAUGGACGUGAAUAUGAUGCCACCAGUUCAGUUGGGCAUGGCUCCCAAGUGCCUCUGCUCCAUGAGCAGGACAGUGGAGGAGUAGAUCAUACCCGGAGUGGCUAUCGUAUCCAGGUGGAUCCCGAUGGAAAUGCGACUCGGGCCAUCUACUACAUGGAGAAAGAGCUGGCCAACAUGGACCCCACACGGCCUGGAGACAAACCUGGGAAGUACCGCUUGGACGGGGGAAUGAGUGAGAUUAGCUCCUUGCACGACGGCUUGGAUCCUCGUCGUGGAGGUGGGCGCUCCCAGCCCCCUCCUCUCGCCACAGUCUACGACCAGGACGAGGUAAUGAGCACCAUCAGCAGUGUGUCCCAGCAUGGCCAGCGCCGGGAUGACUACCCCCAGCGUGGGGGAAGGACCUCUGCAGACCACAUGGGCGGCCGUGGGCGUGCCCGCUCAAUGGAAAACCUGGAUGACAUUACCCGCCGAUACCCACAAGACACUCGUGAAGACACUCGUGGAUACCGCCGUGAUGAAGGGCCCAGAGGCCAGAGAGGAUCUGAUGAGGAGUGGAGCAGCAGCAGCCGCGGUGGCUACGGUCGCGACUUUGACGACCGUCACCGACGUGACUACUCCCCCGAGCCCCGACGUGGUGGCAGUCCAGCCAGUGGUCUCCAAGGCAGACGCACGCGUAGUCGUGACGACCUGAUGGAUUUGGAGCGUGGCCGCGAGCGUGGCAGAGGCGGGGGGGAUGCCUAUGAUGACAGCUUCCUGCGGGAAGCCAUGGAGAAGAAGAAGCUGGGAGAGCAGCAGAGGACACGGAGCCGCGAGUACCUGGACUACGAGAGUGACCGUUCGAACCGAGGACGAGACGCACGCGGGCCUCCCCCCCUUCCUCUGGCCGCGCCUUCUGCCUACCCAGACACUGGUGCUCGAGAUGACUACUCGCGUCCUCCACCGCCACAUUACAGUGACAGCGAGAGCAUUCCAUCCUCAAAGAAAAGCAACUUGCGCAAGAAUGGAGCCGUGAGCCGUGAGAGUCUUGUUGUGUGAGACUUGAACUCAACACCUGAUAUAAGGGAUCUAUCCAUUAAUGUGUCAACCAAAUGCAAUCGAAAAUUAUUUCAUAGAAUCAUUAGAUGCACAAUAGAACCUCAAUGUUCCAGAUGUAACCUUUUUCAGCCUAAGAACCCAAAUCUUUAUAACAAUUUUUUCUUAUAAAUAUUGUUUGUGGUGCCUUACAGACCUGAAAUUCUAAAUGGAACCUAUUUUGGGAGCUCUUUUAGGGUUGUAAAUGGUUCUGUUAAGGGCUGUUAUUUUUAUACUGUGGACUGUGUAAAUAAACAAAAUUUUAUAUACAAUGUAAUUUUAGAUUGAAUUGUUAGUUUAACCCUGGAUGAUAAUGAACAAGGAUUUAAUGAUAAUGCACUUUGUGAUUAUAAUUUUCAUGGCUUUAAGGAACUGAGACUUCUUGUAAUUGAGGUACAGUCUGCUGCAAAAUUAAGUCAAUAUUAUUAAAUUCAGUUUAAAGUAAUUUAGACUUUUUGAAUAAACAUUUGAUGACUAUCAUGUAAUUUGCAGGUAUUGUAAACAUGCAGUUUGAUAUUGAAUAUAAAUGUAUUGAUGUCAUGCUAGUUAGUCCAGGACUAAUGGAAAGACUAAUGCAUUGUUUAACUUUCUGUACUUUUAAGUUGUUUUUGUUUUAGUAUUUUAGAGAUUUCAGUAUCGUGUAGCUACAGCUUGGUUCCAGCUUUUAUUUGCUGAUGUUAUGUGGGAAUAGAUUUGAUGUCUUAUUUUUUACAUUACUUUUUUCAAACGCUCAGCAUCAUUCUACAGUGCACAUGUACUUGUACAGGUAUUUGACAAUAAAAGCUUUUUAAAUA